ACCAGACUCACACUGCGAGAUGCUCUGCUCACUCCCGAGCCUUGUUGGAAACAAACUGUAAAGGCAACACCAUGCUGUCACUCCACAGGGCCUCCGCAGCAGGGAAAACUUUCCUCCUGUGUUUUUCCCCCCUUCUUUUACUUCUCCUCCUUGAUUCCUCCGGUGUUCAAGGGGCUUCAAUACGAGAACACAGACUGAGAGGAAGCGAGUCAGUCCCAGAGAGAGGAAACCCCCACCAUGCUCCUGACGCCGACAUGCUAAAAGCUUUGGAGUACAUUGAGAGCCUCCACCAAAAAACUGGUACAGACCCCCAACAACACUCCCCGCCAAUCCCUGAGUACGAUGCCAGUCACCUUGACGACACAAAAAAACUGCGCACUAUGCUAACACUGGCUUCUAACCCUAACCCUAUGCAAAGCAAGGGUCUGGCUGAAGAAGAUAAGAAAGCAGAAGAGAAAGAGGGAGGGGAGGGUAAUAAGGAGGAUAAGACGCCAGAAUGGCUGCAGGCUGUGCUCAGUACCCUUCAGCAGACGGAAAAAGCCUCCAAGCCGGCCUCACUUCACUCCAACACCGCUGACCUCUACCCAGGCGAAAAAGACAACAUUUAUCCCUUGGUGCAGCAGCAGCAUGGCAUCAAGGCUCAUAAGAAGCACCCAUUAAUGUUUGAGGACGAUGCGGAGGGCGAAGGAGAGGAGGAAGAGAGAGGGGAGACUUCAGACCACGACAGCCCCUUCAAACGUACCAAUGAGAACGUGGAGGAGAAGUACACGCCUCAGAACCUGGCCACUCUGCAGUCAGUGUUUGAGGAACUUGGGAGGCUGACCAAUGCCAAGGCCUCGCAUAAACGGCAGGUGGAGGAUGAUGACGAGGAGGCAGAUGAUGAAGAGGAAGAUGGUGAUGACGAUGUGUUUGACGUGAGAAACCUGGCUUACGAAGACACAGCUGGGGAAGUCGCAGACUGGGCUCCACUUGAGGAACAGGAGAAUGAAGAUGAGGAGGAAGAAGAGAAGAACAACAAACACGAGAUGGACCGAGGUCUGGAUUAUGGAGAUGAUGAGGAGGAAGAAGGUGACGGCAAUGAUGAUAUAGAGGAUGAAGAGGACGAUGGUGAAAGCUACUCAGUCAAGAGAUCCUCUGACUCAGGCCCGCAAGAAGAUUCAGACGACAUUGCUAACCUCGUUGACUAUUAUCUUCUGAAAGUGCUGGAGAAAACAGAAGAGGAGGAGCAGAAACGAGAGCUGCAGGAAGAGAGAGAAAGAGCCGAGAGGAGGGUGGCUCAGUCGCAGCGCAGAGACAAUAUAGACCCACGGGCCAUCUACCAGCUCAUUCAGAUCUCCCAGAAAUUCCAGAUACCACCAGAGGACCUGUUGGACAUGCUCAAGACUGGAGAAACGAGAAAUCAAGGCAAAGCUCUACUAAGAAACCAGGCACAGUCAAAUAUGGGCAACGAGUUAGCCAGGCUAGAAGACAAACUCUCUCAGAUAUCCUCAACGAAGAAACACAAGAGUCCAGAAGUAAAGUUCUUCAACAGACGCCUACCUGACAGACAAACUAGUAACAACCUGGAGGACAGACGGAGGGAAGAGAUCCUCAAGAUCCUGGGACUGGGCGGAAUGGGAAAUCAAGAACCAGCUCCUCUCAGGAACCAGAAGCAACACAGAAAUUCACAGUCAGAACUGUACAAUCAGCCCGGGGGGCGGUCGGGGGAAUUCACUCCUACGCAAAGGCGCCUUCCCGAUAAAUUAAAGGAUGACUACGAUGACAGCUUGGACGAGGAUGAACUGGCGGCAUAUCUGGCAGCUCAGAUCCUGGCGCAGUAUCCCGACCCGGCAUACAGUCGCAAGAAGGUGGGCCAAAAGCGGGACGAUGCAGGACAGAACACGGCAGGCUCUUUUGAAGAAGCGAUACAGGACUACUUUGAUCAAAUGGACUCGGAUAAAAGCCCACCGCAAAAGAGACAGUCUGAGACUCAAACGCAAAGCUUGGAUGAUGAAGAACUGAUGAUGAAACUGCUGAGCUACUUAAACCCAGAAAUCCAGGAGAACGAUGAGAAUGACGUUGAUGCCAAAACUGUCCAAGGAAUGUAAUCAGAUAGUGUGGCUAUAAAUGUAUAUAUAUAUUGUUUUGUUGGAAAAGGGGGGGAGGUCAUAUUUUUUGAAAAGUCAAACACAUGUAGUCAACUUUAGUAAUUCAUUAGGUUUACAGAAAUUCAGGCUUUAUAUCCCACUUAUUUAUUAAGACAAGCUGAAGCAGAGAUACGGGAGUGUGAGGUCUCAUGUUUGUGGUGGUAAAUGGGAUUUGUUGUUAAUUUGAGGUUUUUUGUUGUUGUUUUUUUUUGUUUGUUUUUGUUUGUUUGUUUUUUAUAUGAGGUAGCUGUUCAACAAUACUUGCUGCAGACCACCAGUAUAUGUGAUUCACCAGCCUUGCAUUUCAACUCACAUACAACCAAGUCAGUGUUGGAUCCUCAUGUCCACUUGUGUUUUUUUCGUAAAUUAAGUGUGGUCAUAUGUGACAUAACUGAGGUUAAUAAAGCAUUGACUUUAUUUUUUC